AAUACUGAGACUUUCAUAGUAUUGAAUAAAGGGAAGGCAAUCUUCCGAUUCAGUGCCACCUCUGCCCUGUACAUUUUAACUCCCUUCAAUCCUCUUAGAAAAAUAGCUAUUAAAAUUUUGGUACAUUCAUUAUUCAGCAUGCUUAUCAUGUGCACUAUUUUGACCAACUGUGUAUUUAUGACCAUGAGUAACCCUCCAGACUGGACAAAGAAUGUAGAGUAUACGUUCACUGGAAUUUACACAUUUGAGUCACUCAUAAAAAUCAUUGCAAGGGGCUUUUGCUUAGAAGAUUUUACUUUUCUUCGAGAUCCAUGGAACUGGCUUGAUUUCACUGUCAUUACCUUUGCAUAUGUGACAGAGUUUGUGGACCUGGGCAAUGUCUCAGCGUUGAGAACAUUCAGAGUUCUCCGAGCUUUGAAAACAAUAUCAGUCAUUCCAGGCUUGAAGACUAUCGUGGGAGCCCUAAUUCAGUCUGUGAAGAAGCUCUCGGACGUUAUGAUCCUGACUGUGUUUUGUCUGAGUGUAUUUGCACUAAUAGGGCUGCAGCUGUUCAUGGGCAACUUGAGGAAUAAAUGCCUGCAGUGGCCUCCAGAAAAUUUUACUCUGGAAACAAAUAUUACUUCCCAGCUAAACAGUACCAUAGGUGAAAAUGGUACAUUGGUUAAUUCAACAGUGACUCCAUUUGACUGGAAGGGGUACAUUGAAGAUGAAAGUCAUUUUUAUUUUCUGGAAGGGCAGAACGAUGCUCUGCUUUGCGGAAAUAGUUCUGAUGCUGGGCAGUGCCCAGAAGGAUAUACAUGCGUGAAAGCUGGUAGAAACCCCAAUUAUGGCUACACAAGUUUUGACACCUUCAGCUGGGCCUUCUUGUCAUUAUUUCGCUUGAUGACUCAAGACUUCUGGGAAAACCUUUAUCAACUGACUCUACGUGCUGCUGGGAAGACAUACAUGAUAUUUUUUGUUCUGGUGAUUUUUCUGGGCUCUUUCUAUCUGAUCAACUUGAUCCUGGCUGUGGUCGCCAUGGCCUAUGAAGAACAGAAUCAAGCAACCAUGGAAGAGGCAGAGCAGAAAGAGGCAGAAUUUCAACAGAUGCUGGAGCAACUGAAGAAGCAACAAGAAGCAGCUCAGGCAGCAGCGGUGGCAGCGGCAGCAGUAACAGCAUCUGCGGAGUCCAGGGAGCCCAGCGCUGGGGGAGAAGCAGGAGGGCUCUCAGAAAGUUCUUCAGAGGCAUCAAAAUUGAGCUCAAAGAGUGCAAAAGAGAGGAGAAAUAGAAGGAAAAAAAGAAAACAGAAAGAGCAAUCUGGAGGAGAGGAGAAAGAUGAAGAUGAAUUUCACAAGUCUGAAUCAGAGGACAGCAUCAGAAGGAAAGGUUUCCGAUUAUCCAUUGAAGGCAAUAGAUUGACAUAUGAAAAGAAGUAUUCUUCUCCACAUCAGUCUUUGCUGAGCAUUCGCGGCUCCCUAUUUUCUCCAAGGCGCAACAGCAGAACAAGCCUUUUCAGCUUCAGAGGUAGAGCAAAGGAUAUAGGAUCAGAAAAUGACUUUGCUGAUGAUGAGCACAGCACUUUUGAAGACAAUGAUAGCAGAAGAGAUUCUCUCUUUGUGCCGCGCAGACACGGUGAACGGCGCAACAGUAACAUUAGUCAGGCCAGUAGGUCAUCCAGGAUGCUGGCAGUGUUUCCAGUGAAUGGGAAGAUGCACAGCACUGUGGAUUGCAAUGGGGUGGUUUCCCUGGUUGGUGGACCAUCUGUUCCUACAUCGCCUGUUGGACAGCUUCUGCCAGAGGUGAUAAUAGAUAAACCAGCUACUGAUGACAAUGGCACCACUACAGAAACAGAAAUGAGGAAGAGAAUAUCAAGCUCUUUCCAUGUUUCUAUGGACUUCCUGGAAGAUCCCGCUUUAAGAGAAAGAGCCAUGAGUAUUGCUAGCAUCCUCACAAACACUGUGGAAGAACUCGAAGAAUCAAGACAGAAAUGCCCACCAUGCUGGUAUAAAUUUGCGAAUAUUUUCUUGAUCUGGGACUGCAGUCCACAUUGGUUAAAAGUAAAACAUAUCGUCAACUUAGUGGUAAUGGACCCGUUUGUUGACCUGGCUAUUACAAUUUGCAUUGUUUUAAAUACACUUUUUAUGGCUAUGGAACAUUAUCCAAUGACCGAUGAAUUCAAUAAUGUACUUUCAGUUGGAAAUCUGGUCUUCACUGGAAUCUUCACAGCAGAAAUGUUUCUCAAGAUAAUUGCAAUGGAUCCUUACUAUUAUUUUCAGGAAGGCUGGAAUAUUUUUGAUGGUUUUAUUGUAACCCUUAGCUUGGUCGAGCUUGGUCUUGCAGAUGUGGAAGGACUUUCAGUUCUUCGAUCAUUCAGAUUGUUACGAGUUUUCAAAUUGGCAAAAUCUUGGCCAACUCUAAAUAUGCUGAUAAAAAUUAUUGGUAACUCUGUGGGAGCUCUGGGUAAUCUGACCCUGGUGCUGGCCAUCAUUGUGUUCAUUUUUGCUGUGGUUGGGAUGCAGCUGUUUGGGAAAAACUACAAGGAAUGUGUCUGCAAAAUUGCAAGUGACUGUGUACUUCCACGCUGGCACAUGCAAGAUUUUUUUCACUCUUUUUUGAUCGUAUUUCGAGUAUUGUGUGGAGAAUGGAUAGAAACGAUGUGGGACUGCAUGGAGGUUGCUGGUCAAGCCAUGUGCCUUACUGUCUUCAUGAUGGUCAUGGUGAUUGGAAACCUAGUGGUACUGAACCUAUUUUUGGCCUUGCUGUUGAGCUCAUUUAGUGCAGACAACCUAGCCGUGACAGAUGACGACAAUGAAAUGAAUAAUCUCCAAAUUGCUGUAGCAAGAAUGCAGAAGGGCAUAGAUUAUGUGAAAAGAAAAGCACGUGAAUUCAUCCAAAAAGCUUUUGUUAAAAAACAAAAAGCUUUAGAUGAAAUCAAGCCACUUGAAGAUUUGAACAACAAAAAUAGCUGUAUUUCUAACCAUACAACUGUGGAACUAAGCAAGGACCAUGACUAUAUUAAAGAUGCGAAUGGAACAACUAGUGGCAUAGGCACAGGCAGCAGUGUGGAAAAAUAUAUAAUUGACGAAAGUGAUUACAUGUCAUUCAUAAACAACCCAAGCCUCACUGUGACAGUGCCCAUUGCUGUGGGUGAAUCUGACUUUGAAAAUCUAAACACAGAGGAAUUCAGUAGCGAAUCAGACUUGGAAGAAAGCAAAGAGAAAUUAAAUAUGUCUAGUUCAUCCGAAGGUAGCACAGUUGAUAUUGGACUUCCUGCAGAAGAGCAACCAGAAGCUGAACCUGAAGAAGCCCAGGAGCCAGAGGCCUGCUUCACAGAAGGCUGUGUACGAAGGUUCAAGUGCUGUCAAGUAAGUAUAGAAGAAGGGAGAGGAAAGCAGUGGUGGAACCUUAGAAAAACCUGCUUCAAGAUUGUCGAACACAACUGGUUUGAGACUUUCAUUGUCUUUAUGAUUCUCCUCAGUAGUGGAGCUCUGGCUUUUGAAGACAUAUAUAUUGAACAGCGUAAAACUAUCAAGACCAUGCUGGAAUAUGCUGACAAGGUCUUCACUUACAUCUUCAUUUUGGAAAUGCUGCUGAAGUGGGUGGCCUAUGGUUAUCAAACAUACUUUACUAAUGCCUGGUGCUGGCUGGACUUCCUGAUUGUCGAUGUCUCUUUGGUUAGCUUAACAGCAAAUGCAUUGGGUUACUCUGAACUGGGUGCCAUUAAGUCCCUUAGGACUCUAAGAGCUUUGAGACCUCUAAGAGCUUUGUCACGAUUUGAAGGCAUGAGGGUGGUUGUGAAUGCCCUUUUAGGAGCAAUUCCAUCCAUCAUGAACGUGCUUCUCGUUUGUCUUAUAUUCUGGCUAAUUUUCAGCAUCAUGGGAGUAAAUCUGUUUGCUGGGAAGUUCUACUACUGUGUUAACACCACAACUGAUGAAAGGUUUGAAGUCGACCAAAUCAACAAUUUUAGUCAGUGCGAGGAACUCAUAAAAAACAAUCAAAGUGCCCGAUGGAAAAACGUGAAAGUAAACUUUGAUAAUGUAGGAUUUGGGUAUCUUUCUUUACUUCAAGUA